AUGUAUGCUGAUGAAAUAAACGUGUAUCAGAACAUUGAAGGUAUGGAUAAAUUUGGUGAAAAUCCUGUAUACAAAAAAAAUUAUGAAAAAUACAACAAUUCGAAUGAAAGAAAACAAUACCAAAAAACUAAAGAAGAGAUUGAAAGUGAAAAUGUAUAUCAAUUAGAUGAUGAUCAAUUAGAAGCUGAGUCAGAGUGCAGUUGUACACAAUCUUCAGAAGUGGAAGAUUCCUUUUCUGCUAGUUAUAGUGAAACGGAAUUGCUUGAAAAAAAUUUAAAAAAUGAAAAUAUAUGGGAAUCAUGUUCGUGCAGUGCAGCUACAGAGGAAAUAAGCGAUAAUUCAUUUUGUAGUUGCAUGCGGGAGAAUUACAAUGACUAUGUAAUUCCAAAUCAAAAUGAUUUCACUAUAGGUUAUUCCAAGAACAAUACCAUAAAUAAAAAUACUAAAAGAAACGAUGAUUUUGAACGAAUAUGUGCAGAAUUUGUAAGAAGUCUUAAUACCUGCAGAUGUGAUAACUUUAUUGAUUCACAUAAUUUAUCUACGCCACCGGCUAGUAGUCAGAGUUCUAACGACACAUCCGUAACAUCCGGCUCUUGUACUUGUACCACCAACAAGGGUUCAGAAAAACGUUCUACUAGUAAAAGCAAAAAAACAGCAAAAAAAACGAAUGCGUCGAGCAAAGUGAAAUCAGAAAAAAAAACUAAGUCACGCUCGAAUAGUAAAGGUAAAAAGGUUAAAAGUGCUACUUCGAAAAAAAAAUCAAGUACAACUACAAAGGCUACUUGUAAGUGCGUAACCAAUGAUACAGAAACUAGUAAUUAUACUGGUGAGACAAACUAUUCAAGUGCAGCAACCAAACCGAUUUGUGGGUGCGGUAACAGUAAUACACAAAGUGAUUCUCGAAUGGUUGAGAGAAGAAGUUCAAGAGAUUCGUCAAAAGCAACUUGCAAGUGCGUACCUAGUGAUACAUAUCAUAAUACUCCAAUAGGUGGAACAAAUGGUUUAAGUGGUGGAUCAAAACCCACUUGUAAGUGCAGCCAAAGAGAGUCACAAUCAAAUGAGCAGAAAAAAAAUAAGAAUAGAAGUUGUUCAUGUAAGGUUUCUAAUGAUACUGAUUCUCAGUCAUCACAAGAAUCUUAUGUUAAUGCAACCAAAAAAGCAGAGUCUUGUAAAUGUAAAAUGCGUAACAACUUUGAUGAUAUUCGUACAAAUAACACGAAGUCAUCAGAUAAAUAUUCUAGUCUAAAUAGAAUGAAACCUCAAAACAAUUCCUUUUCAUCAGAAGUAAGCAAAAAGUCAUGUAUGUGCACAGUAAUGGAAAAGAAAGCAAAACCGCCUACAUAUAACAAGGAACUUUCUGGUUCACGAAAAUUUUAUUCUAGGGGUUCUUUAAGUAGUGAGGAGGAAAUUGUGUCAAUCACGACCAAAAACAGUUCUAACCAGAGUGACCGUGAAGAUCGGUAUAAAGAAAAACCUACAGGUAAUGGUAAUUGUAAAUGUAGGCAAAUGUCUAAUGAGAGAAUGAAAAUUAAACAAACAACUGAAUGUAGCUGCAAACGUACAUCCACUGAUUUAUCUGAUAGUACAGCAAAAUACUCAUCUGCCCAAUAUAAGGGGCACGUUGGACAAAGAGCGGGAACUAGUAAGGAAACUUGCAAGUGUGUGCUUAAAAUGAGUGAUAGAGUACCAAUUCAGACAAAAGUUAAAGCUAAAGAAAUAGAAACAUGUAAUAGGGAAACAUGCAAGUACCGGAAUGUGCCCACAAGUUCUACAAGCAACGAUCCAGCAUAUGGAAAGACAGAUAUAUUGAACGAACAAAUGGACAAAAAAGUUAAACAAAAUGUAAAGAGUAAAGAGAAUCAAUUAAGUUCCGCUAAUUCCAUGAAAAAAUCUGAAAAACCAGUUUCAAGAAAAAGAUACGCAAACAGAGCCAAUAUACAGAAAGCAAGAACUUUUAAAUGA